AUGGUUGUAUUGGACUCGAAUGAACGGAUAUUAACAUCGGGUGAUAAAGUGACCGGAAAAUGUAUAAUUGAACUAGAUGGUGUGCUUAAAUUGUCACAGAUUGUAAUAAACAUAAUUGGCUUUGAAUACGCCAGAAUUGAACAAGGCAGAUCUACAUAUUACGGACAUGAUAGAUUUCUAAAAGUUGAUUUCAAUUUCGUGGGUCAAGCCCUGGAUAGGGAAAUAGGCAAGGGAGUUCACGAAUUACCCUUUGUACUUCCGCUACCAAAUGAAGGUAUUCCAUCGAGUUUUAAGGCGAGAAACGCUGCCGUCGAGUACUCUAUUAAUGGAAUGUUACGAAAGCCUCAAAUAUUCAAAAGAAAUCACCGUGUUGAUAAAAUACCAUUUAUUGUGGAGGCGCCCUUUAUUCUACCUGAGCUUAUGUUACCAAGACAAAUGGUGAGCGAAAAGCAAAUUGGUCUCAUUGCCAAUGACGGUUCAGUUCGGGGCACAGUUAAUUUAAAUAAACAUGGAUUUUAUCCAGGUGACAUAAUUCUGGUGGAUUAUAUUGUGAAUAAUCGGACGGCUAUGGAAGUGAGCACAAGCGCUCGACUAAGCAGAACAAGGCUUUACCAUGUUGGUUCACACAAACGCACUAAAACAAACAAGUUUGAUAAAUGCGUUGGUUUACCCAUUCAUCCUGGUAUAGACGGUUCAGGAAAGAUCCAGGUGUCCGUCCCAAUGGACAUACCCUUGUCUAUGGAAGCAACGCACAUUUCCAUCACGUACGAAUUACGCUUCACUGUAAAAAUACCUGGUAAAAAUAAUUUCCAAGAGUUCUCCAAUAAAUAA